GCCAACCUGACUUGCAUCUCAAAUCAAGUCUCCGCUUUGAAUUGAAUCUGAUUAGGGCUUCUUGCUUCAGCGAAUUAGUUCUUCCAUUCUCGGUUUCUUGCCUGUGCUGUACUGUACUGUGUUUGUGCUUCCAUUCCGUUCCAAAAUCGUCUAGGGUUCUUAUCCGAGAACUAAAAUUGCGCCGCCGGUCACGUUGCGCGACUCGUCGACGGGUACUUAUAUCUUCUGAAUUUAUUUUCAUUAGAUAACUGUCUUGAGUGACUUAGCAUAUUGCUUACACGAGUUUAGUGAUGCUGCCAGUUGAUCCUGCAAAAAAGAUAGCAUUUAACCGCCAUAUUAGCGAUGGAGACUUGGUUAUUGUAUAUGAGAGGCAUGAUAUUAUGAAGGCUGUUAAAGUAUGUGAGAAUUCUGCUCUUCAAAACCGAUUUGGUGUUUUUAAACAUUCAGACUGGAUUGGGAAACCCUUUGGCUCUAAGGUGUUUAGCAACAAGGGUGGAUUUGUUUACUUGUUAGCUCCAACUCCUGAGCUUUGGACUUUGGUUUUGAGCCACAGAACUCAGAUUUUAUAUAUUGCAGAUAUUAGCUUUGUUGUUAUGUACUUGGAAUUAGUUCCCGGCUGUUUGGUUCUUGAGUCUGGCACUGGAAGUGGAUCUUUGACUACCUCACUCGCGAGGGCUAUUGCUCCAACAGGGCAUGUUUAUACAUUUGAUUUUCAUGAACAAAGGGCUGCCUCCGCAAGGGAGGAUUUUGAGAAGACAGGACUGAAUAGCUUAGUCACUGUAGGAGUUCGAGAUAUUCAAGGCGAGGGAUUUCCUGAUGAUUUCUCUGGGAGGGCUGAUUCUGUCUUCCUCGACCUACCCCAACCUUGGCUGGCUAUUCCUUCUGCAGGGAAAAUGUUGAAACAAGACGGGAUUCUGUGCUCUUUCUCGCCGUGCAUUGAACAAGUGCAACGAUGUUGUGACACGCUUAGAACUAGCUUUACCGAUAUAAGAACAUUUGAAGUAUUGCUCCGCACAUAUGAAGUCAGAGAAGUGAAAAUAGACGGCUGGCAAACUGAUGACAGUGGAUCUCUCGGGUCCCUCCCUUGCAAGAGGCGGCAGCUCUCAAGUGAAGAAGGUGGCAAUGGAAGGGAUAUCCCCAGUUCUUCGACCGUCAUGGCUAGACCAUCACCCGAAACCAGAGGCCACACCGGGUAUCUGACAUUCGCGAGACUCAGAUCCCUUUCAUAGAGAUAACUUCACCGAUCCGACGCCAAGUUUUCCAUCAACUAUCUUCCGUGACCAAGAACUGGGGAUCAAUCAGCCCUGGCAUUUGGCAUUUAGAAAGGGGCUGGAAGGCUUUUUUUGGUAUCUCGUCUCAGUAAACCAUAACAUAACUUCUAUUCAAGCUAUGAAUCAAACAGUUUUGCCCACAAAAAGGAUACAAAAAAAGAAAAAAUUUCUCGCACGUUAUGAAUGUUGGUAGUACUUGUGAAUAGGACUGGCGAUUUCAUGGAAGAAUGAAGAGAGCCCAGGAUAUGAUGUGAAGUAGAUAAGAGUCUUUUUCGUGUGCCACAUUUUUUGCAUCGGCAAAUUCUGUACACAUGUGACACCUGUGACUGACUGAGUCACUGCCUUCCAUUCGUUCCCCCCGCCACACACCACCACCCACUGCUACCAUCCAAACCCAAGAAGUUGCCAUUUGUGACCUAACUCAAUUAGGUUGAAUCUCUCAUAUCAACACAUUAUCCUCCAUUUCAUUUCCAUCAGGUCCCUCCUUUAGAUUGAUGGCUUUUCUCUCUUUUUUUUUUGGGGGGGGGG